GGUAUAGCGAAACCGCGAGUUGUGCUUUAAAGAUCAGAGAUGGAAAGUCAGCUGCGGAAGCUUGUUGUGGAAAAGAAGGGCAUGGUGGAGACUGUGAUGGAGGUGUUUGAGCAAGGAGCAGAGGUGGUUGCCAGCAUCGCUGGUGACCUGUUCCCCAUCUUUUCCAUAGCAGCACCCAUCGUGAAAUUGGCACUGGACAAUGUGGAGAGCAAGGAGGCAGAGUUCAUGAGGGAGCAAUUCCAGAAGGUGCGAAACCGCCUGGAAGUGGUCUCUGAAGAGAUCCAGCGCAUCAACCAGGAGAUCAAAAAAGGAGUGGACGCUGAGUACUUCUCAGUGGAGGAGAACCUGAUGAACCAGUUCCGCAAAUACAUGGACAUCCUUAGCGCCAAGCCCAAAUUCCGAGAGGUCAAGAAGAAGCUCUUCCUGGAGCAUUUUUCUAAGACCGGGGGUGACAAGAACCUGCACACACUGUAUAAUGCUGUGACAGGCGAUAACUUCUCAGGCGAAUCAGUGCUGGAGAUCACUCUGAACUAUGAGGAGAAGAGUCGGCGGGCUAUGGAGGAAUUCUGUGCGCGCCUAAAGAAACUCUUCUGUGUGGGACUCAUCGCUUUAAUGGGGCAUGCUGCCCUGAAGGGGGGUGAAGACGAGGAGGAGCUGCUGCAGAAAUGGAGGCAGAAAAUGAAUGAGGUCCAGAGUAAGAUGAACGCCAUCAUUGAGGACUGCAUCAAAAGCUUUCCAGAGCAGGCUCAAAUAGACGCCGGCCGCCUGGUGAAGGACCAGGGGGAUAAGACCAACCAGCAGCUGGCGGACGCCAUUGUAGAGACCUUAAAGAGGAAGUAUGAUUGGGUGCACUGGUCCGUCAGAGUGUUUAGCUCCCCCUCUGGCUUAUUCAGCAGCAAAAGGGAUUUCCAGUGCUCCACGGGAAAGAGUAGGUUCCAGGUGCAAGGGCCAGAUGAGAAGCUGAAUGUGAUGGUGUCCUAUAGUGCCUCCCCUGAGCCUCUGGACAAGGCCCAGAUCCAGCAGCUGAUCCUGGGGCAGAAGAAGCUGACUGUGGUGGCGGAGCUUCUGUUUGAACGAAUUCCCGCCUGUGUGGUCCACACAGUCAAGGCCACCAAGGACCUAGCCUGCUCCUGGAGCUUCUCGGAUGAACUGCAUUACUGGGAGAACCACAAGAAGUUCUAUGUGUGCGUUCAUUCAGCCUGAAGGUGGGCUCUGAGAGGAAAAUCACCAGAGCAGAGGAAAUAUUCCUCCAAUUUACUGUGCACACACUGACAUGAAGAUUUUAAAAAUUAAAGUUCCCUUUCCUCAAAUGGCAAUAGGGUAGACACAUUUAAAAACAACAUUUACAAGCAUGGAAAUGUCUCAUAUUGACUGUCAUGUUAUAAAGGUCAGUGCUUGGUUUGAAAGAAUUGAAUAUAGUAGUGAAACUGUGUUCUUCUUGUUUUAAAUCAACAGCAGGUACCAUUUUUACCA